CUGAGUGGAUUUAUUUCUGUUCUUUUUUUAUUCACCCGUUCUGAAGCUUAUGAUAAAAGAGUUAUCCAGGAAACAUUUUCGUAUAGGAUGCACCCAGAAAACAAUGAAACCCCCGCGGGAGCAGCCAGUGGGACACCCGGUUCGGAGGAACCUCAGGCUGGACACACGGAACAUCUCUCUCCCCCUGUAAUGGAGCUCACAGACCCGCAGGAGGACGAGGAACCGGAGCGUAAGACCGGCACCGACAAGCGUCCAGCGACGCCGCCCGCCACACACCCGGGCCCGGGGUUCGUUCCCCCGGAGGGAGGGUUCGGCUGGGUCGUGGUGUUUGCUGCUACAUGGUGCAACGGGUCGAUUUUCGGCAUACAGAACUCAUUCGGUAUUCUGCACAUGAUGCUGUUGCAAGACCAUCAGGAAAUCACGGACCAGGCGUCUCAGUUUAAAGUGGCAUGGGUUGGAGCUCUGGCGAUGGGGAUGAUCUUCUUCUGCUCGCCGGUGGUCAGCAUGUUCACGGAUCACUUCGGCUGCCGGAAGACUGCGGUCUGUGGAGCGUUCGUGGCCUUCCUCGGCCUCCUCACCAGCUCCUUCGCUACCACGCUGGGUCUCCGCUACUUCACUUACGGGAUACUCUUCGGCUGCGGAUCCUCGUUCGCGUUCCAGCCGUCUCUGGUGAUCCUGGGGCAUUAUUUCCGGCAGAGACUGGGUUUGGCCAACGGUGUGGUGACGGCGGGCAGCAGCCUCUUCUCCAUGGGGCUCCCGGUGCUCCUGAAGAAGGUGGUGGGACCGCUGGGUCUUCCCAGAACCUUCCAGAUCCUCAGCAUCUUCAUGCUGGUCCAGUCUCUGCUGGCCCUCACCUUUAAACCGCUCAUGCCCAGCGGGAUGAUCCCGAUGCCAGGCGUGGGAAUGGAUGGACCCCCGUCAGGCCUGGAGUCGGCGAGCCGGUGGCAGAAGAGCCUGGGCAAAAUUAGGAAGUACUUUAACGUGCGAGUGUUCGGCGUUUUGACCUAUCGGGUUUGGGCGUUCGGUGUCGCCACUGCGGUUCUGGGAUACUUCGUUCCCUACGUGCACCUGAUGAGCUUCGUGAAGGAGCGGUUUGUAGACACUCAGAGGGAAUGGCUUCUGCUCGUGUGUAUCGGAGCGUCGUCUGGCGUCGGUCGACUGAUGUUCGGGAAGAUCGGAGACCUCAUUCCCGGAGUGAAUAAAAUCUACUUGCAGGUGGCUUCGUUCAUCCUGCUGGGUCUGAUGUCGAUGAUGAUACCUCAGUGCGCCACGUUCGAAGGCCUGGUGGUGGUUUUCGUACUGAUGGGUUUUUGUGACGGCUGUUUCAUCACGAUCAUGGCCCCCAUCGCCUUCGAGCUGGUGGGGCCGAUGCAGGCGUCCCAAGCCAUCGGAUACCUCCUCGGCCUCAUGGCCAUCCCGAUGACAGCGGGACCACCAAUCGCAGGCCUUCUUCGAGACCAUUUUGGGAACUACUACGUGGCGUUUUAUCUAGCUGGGAUUCCUCCAAUAGUGGGGGGGAUCGUGAUGUUUUUCGUGCCUCUGGCGCACCGGCGCGCGCAGAGACGGCAGAAGGAGCUCCACGACCCCAGCAUGGACAAGAUGUUGAAGAACUGCUCCAACGGGGACAUGCUGCCAGGGUACACCGACAUGGAGACGCACAUAUGAAGCCCACAGACACACGAAGGGAUUCAUCAGUGUGUGUCAGAGAUGGUGUAUUUCCUCUUUGCUUGUCUCUAAUCAAACUCGAGGUCUCAAGGCUUUCCCCCUUGCUCUUCUUCUGUGCUGGAGAGGAGAUGUGAUCGUCCAAUCCCGCGCUGCCGUUUCCACAAGCGACUUCCGGAUGCGGAUUCGUGCCGAAAUCCCCUGCUCGUGUUUGAGCAGAAACUGAACGGAGAGCUCAGGUAGCGCGGGAGCCAUCGCUUCAAUUAGGACCUUUAAAAAGGAAGCAAAACCUUCAUCGAUUUGAUGUUUUACAGAGAAAAAGAGCUUGAUACUGUAGAUCUCAAUUUCCAUUUUUUUUAUUAGAUUAUGCAAAUCAGAUUUGUAUGCUUU